CCGGAGCUGUGCAUAAAGUGAGCCGGCGGACUGCAGAGCGCGUCUUUGUAGGGAGACCGCCGAGCCGAGCGCUGACAGCGGGGCCUCCCCGAUGAGCCGCCCGCACUGCAGAGCCCGUCUCCUGUGACAGCAGCAUCGCCUUUUCUACCUUUUCUUACAAUCAUGGUGCUGGGGAAGGUGAAGAGUUUAACCAUCAGCUUCGACUGUCUGAACGGCAGCCAUGUCCCCGUGUACUCCAGCGGGGACUCCGUCUCAGGGAAGGUGAAUCUGGAAGUGACCGGGGAGAUCCGGGUGAAGUCCCUGAAGAUCCAUGCCAGGGGACAUGCCAAAGUGCGGUGGACGGAGUCCAGGAACGCCGGCUCCAACACUGCCUACACCCAGAACUACACCGAGGAGGUGGAGUACUUCAGCCACAAGGACAUCCUGAUCGGCCACGAGAGAGAUGAUGAUAAUUCUGAAGAAGGACUGACCACUAUUCUUUCAGGACGCCAUGAAUAUGCAUUUAGUUUUGAGCUUCCACAGAUACCACUCGCUACCUCAUUUGAAGGCAGACACGGCAGUGUACGUUAUUGGGUAAAGGCAGAGUUGCACAGAGCCUGGCUGCUACCAGUAAAAUUAAAGAAGGAAUUCACCGUGUUUGAACAUAUAGAUAUCAACACUCCUUCAUUACUGUCACCACAAGCGGGCACAAAAGAGAAGACUCUGUGUUGCUGGUUUUGUACCUCAGGUCCAAUAUCCUUAAGUGCCAAAAUCGAAAGGAAGGGCUAUACCCCAGGUGAAUCCAUUCAGAUCUUCGCAGAGAUUGAGAAUUGCUCUGCCAGAAUGGUCGUGCCAAAGGCAGCCAUUUAUCAGACGCAGACUUUCUAUGCCAAAGGGAAAAUGAAGGAGGUGAAGCAGCUUGUGGCCAACUUGCGGGGAGAAUCCCUUUCUUCUGGAAAAACGGAAACCUGGAAUGGCAAGCUGCUGAAGAUUCCGCCUGUAUCCCCCUCAAUCAUUGACUGCAGCAUUAUCCGCGUAGAAUAUUCUCUCAUGGUAUAUGUGGAUAUUCCAGGCGCCAUGGAUUUAUUUCUUAACUUACCUCUGGUCAUUGGGACAAUUCCUUUGCACCCAUUUGGCAGUCGGACAUCCAGCGUAAGCAGUCAGUACAGCAUGAAUAACUGGCUGGGAUUAGUUCUACCAGAGCGACCUGAAGCACCUCCAAGCUAUGCAGAAAUUGUCACAGAAGAGCAAAGACAGAAUAUGGGCUCAUCGAGUAUUUGUGAUAAUUUUGAGUUGGCACUUCAAGGACCACUGUUUGCUUAUAUCCAAGAAUUUCGUUACCUGCCUCCACCUCUUUACUCAGAGGUUGAUCCAAACCCAGAUCAGCCAAUAGCUGAACAUCCCUCCUGCCCAUCUCGUUGAAGUAAUGUGCAAUAUUCUGCCGAUGAGACUUAAGUUAACUGCCGACCACGAGACGUGGCGGCCAUAGUGGAGACUACAGUUUGAGCCUCUCCUUGGAAGCUGGAAACUGAAUCAACCUGUGGUCCUAAUUAUGGCGCUUACAGCUUUCUAACACGUUUGCGCUCCAUACUUUUUGGAAGUCGGACUGCCUUGCUGUUGGCACACAAAGAUGCUGCGCACUCAGGGCACACAGUCAAGCGGCAAGAUGCUCUGUGCGUAGUGAAAAGAGGAUUAGGGUUCCUCUGUAACACUGAAUUACCACCCCUUCAGCCUGUAUGUAGAGCAGCCCGGAAUCACUACAGCUUUCCUCCGUGCGCUUGGUUGUCUUGUGCACACCAAGACGCAACGAAGAGACAAUGCAGUGACAGAUGCACUAUAUUUUUUUUGUUUUAUUGUAGCCUGGGCUCUACUUGCUUAGUACUGUCCACUAUGGCUGCAUGUGCACCAUCUUCAGCUUGCAUACAGCAGUGGAUUUCUUUACACCCAUCCAAUGCCUUCAUGCCAUUUUAUUGCUGUUAUGAUUUUGCAGCCUACUGUUGUAGAAUAGCAUCAAUUCCAGUGGGUUAGAGAAAAAUGCAGAAGAGAGAGCGAAAAAGACUAUAUUAGGAAAUCAGACUUUCUGUAAGAUAAGCUUACCUUCUAUCAAAGACAUCUCGCCUUUAUACUGUCACCCCAAGCAGGAUUUUGUUACAGACUUCCUACAAAUCACUUAAUCUCAGGAGAUUUCAUCACUUGCCAAACUUUAGAAUGCUCUGUGUCUGUACGUUGCACUGUACAGUGUGGGGAGUUAUGAGGCGGUGUUAGCUAAUAUGCACAAGAAAGCAAAAUGAGAAGAAAAAAAAUAACUCCCUUUUUUUUUUUUUGCAGGAAGAUAGGGCAUUAAAUAUUUUUGCUUUUUUUUUAUUUUUUCCUUGGCUUGCUAGCAGAUAAGAUUUUGUAAGUGUUACGUCAUGAAAAUUAGGAAGGGCGUGCAGGCACACAGUCCGUCCCCACUGAUAUAAUAACACUUUACCAAUGCACAAAGUUGUUAAUUUUGCUUGAGAUUUGACAUAUGGUGUUUCAUUUUUUUUAUUUUAUUUUUUUUUGUGCAUUUUUGUUACUGAAUCAUUUAUGCACUGCUGUAAUGAAGUAGCCUUUUUAAUGGGACAUUGAAAAGCUAAUGUAUUACUGCGCUCAUCGCUACAAAAUGGUUAAAGCGUAGCACAUGAGAUGAGUGCUUGCAUCAAACCAAGUCACGUCCGAUCACUGUCCGCUGUACGGCCUAGCAGGAAGGAUCCGCCACCGGGUCGGGAAUAUUACAGAUACAGUUGCUCUCCUGAUGAGAAAGAGCUUGUGACAUCCACUAUAAUCCAUGCUCUUUGCAAGUGUCCUUCUUAAGCUAAUUUUAGUUAAGGUUCAGUUUAAAAAGAAGAAAGAAAAAAAAAAACUUCCAUAGUGAAGAGAGAAAUUAUUAGUCACGUUUUAAGUGAUUCGUCUGACGUUUUGGUUUUCUCUAUCCGACAUAAGAGGAAAUGACAGUAGUCUUGACAUUUCCCUUCUUGUUCUCCUUAUUCCUCCCCUGGAUCACUGUUUGUGUUUUAAGCGCUGAUUAGUUCUUAUGUAAUUAGCAUUAAAACAUAUGUAUUUUUCUUUUCUUUUUUUUUUUUUUUCAUAAUCUAGAAAAUGGGGAACAAUUCCUGGCUUGCCUACGAAGCUGUCGGCAACGUUUAUGUCUGAAUAGGGUUGACCAAUAUUAAUAGCCACUGCAGAUGUAUGUGAGGUUUAGCAUUAAGGCCACUGGCACUGUAUCGCAUGAAAUGUGGUAAAUCAAAAAAAAAAAUGCUUAAAAACUUCUGCAACGUUUGUGAAAAUAUUUAUUUGCUCUGUUGUUUAGAGGCAUUAUGUUUUUUUUUUUUUUUUUUUUUUUUUUACAUGUAUUGGUUUUUCUUAAAAAAAUGAAGAAGAAAAAAAAAAAAAGUUG